AUGUUUAAACGACCCCAGAAAUUCUUCAAAGUUAGAUUUAAUAACUUAUUCAGAAGAAAAUUACAAACAUAUCUCGUAUUAGCAUUAUGUUUAAUAAUAUCUUUUUCAUUAAUAACAUCUUCAUCAUUUAUAAUUAGUUCAUCAUCUGAUGAAUCCAUAAGAACCAUAAUUCAAGCAGGACCAGGAGGAGCCAAUACUAAAUAUUUAAAAUCAUUUCUAUCACCAUCUCAAGAUGAUCCUGAUUCAGAAAUAGAAUAUUAUGAACAUGAAGAUCCUGAUAAUUAUUUAAAGGAAAAAGUUGAAAUUCUUUAUCAACAAAAAUUAUUAUCUGAUUUAGAGCAUAAAUAUUGGGUAUUAGAUGUAGAUCAUACAAAAGAUAGUUCUAUAACCAUUCCAAAUUAUUAUUUUGCAUCAUCAGUUGAUUCUUUAAGUGAAGAAGUUAUUUCAAAACCAGUAAUACAACCUUUUGAUCCUAGAUUUACUUUAGGAGUAUAUUAUCAUUAUUUAGCCCAAAAAUUUCAAUCUGAGGAUGCCAAUACUAAAGAUCAAUCAUCAUAUGCUGAUGAUGAAAAGGAUGUUUCAUCAGUUAAAGUACCAUUUAAUUGGUAUGAUUGGGUUGAUUUAUCACCAUUAAAUCAAUAUCUCUUAGCAUCAUCUUCUGAUUUAAAUCGUCCUUCCUGUGAUAUCAUUGACUCAAGAGAAGCUGAAACUCGUUUCCAAUCAAAAGAAGCUAGUGCUUUUUGUGUAAAUGAUGAAAAUUUACCUCCUGAUCAUUAUGAUGGACAUAAAAUUCAUCCUGGAUUUAAUACAUUUACUCAUGAAGGUAAAGGUAAUCAAGCAAAUACUAUAUUAGUUGGAGCUUCUUAUCUUUAUUCAUUUGCAAGAGCUCCAGCUUCAUUAAUUUUCGUCACUAAAGAUGGUACUUAUAAUAUCCCAAUUGAUUUUUCUAAUAAACAACCACUUCUUGAUAAUGGACUUGUUGAACAAUAUGUUGCUAAUACUGGUAAAACUAGUCUUGAUGUUGUUCAAGAAUAUAAUAAUCUUCAAAAAAUUCAUCCUCCUAAUAAACAAGAUGUUAUUGAUUCUUAUCAAGUGAUUCUUGAACAUUCAUCCUUUGAUGUUGAUUUCGAUAGUAUUAUUAAAGAAUUAGAAGUAAGAGAAAAGGAUAAAUCCUUAGCUGAAAAUGAACAAAAUUAUUUGAAUUCCCUUAGAUAUUCUGAAUAUAAAAUUCAUAAUGGAGGUCCACCAAAAUAUUUUGAAGAAGCAAGACUUUAUGAAACUGCUUAUGGUGAUCAUUAUGAUUGGAGAUUCUUUAAAGGUAUAAUGUAUGGUAGUUAUGAACAAACCCUUAUUCUUCAUCGUUUGAUUCGUACUUGGUUAUCUUUUACUAGAAAGGCUGGUAUUAGAUCUUGGGUUGCCCAUGGCUCUCUUCUUAGUUGGUAUUGGGAUGGUCUUGCCUUCCCAUGGGAUAAUGAUAUUGAUGUUCAAAUGCCAAUUUUUGAUUUACAUAAAUUAUCUCUUGAAUUUAAUCAAACAUUAAUUAUUGAAGAUACUGAAGAUGGUUAUGGAAGAUAUUUCCUUGAUUGUGGUACAUUCAUAACUCAAAGAAAUAAAGGUAAUGGAAAUAAUAAUAUCGAUGCAAGAUUUAUUGAUGUUGAUAGUGGACUUUAUGUUGAUAUAACUGGAUUAGCAAUAUCUAAUUCUGAAACUCCUGAAAGAUAUUUGAGACGUUUACCAAAGGAUUGGAAGACUCCAAAAGAUAACAAUAAACGUGAAGAUACUAGAACCCUUCGUACAUGGACUGAAAUCAAUAGGAAAUUACAAGUCUAUAAUUGUCGUGAUAAUCAUUUCACUCAUUUGAAUGAAUUUUCUCCUCUUAUAAAAACCACAAUUGAAGGUGAAGUAGGAUAUAUUCCAAACAAAUAUACUACACUCUUAAAACAAGAAUAUCGUGGUGGAUUAACUUCAAAGAAAUUUAAAGGUUGGGUAUUUGUUCCACAAAUCAGAUUAUGGUUGAGAGAAACUGAUUUAUAUUAUUUCCUCAAAGAUAAAGAAGUUUGGAAUAAAUUCCAUAAUUAUAAUUUGAAUUAUCUUAUGAAUUUUGAUAAUAUCAAUACCAAUAAAACUCUGGCAGAAGAUCUUUUCCAAGAUUUCCAAUAUGAAAUGACAGAAGAAGAAUUGGAAAAUUUGAAGUAUGAAAUCGAAGUUAAUGAGAAAGCAGGAAAUAAAGCUUUUAAAGCUCAUAAAAUCGAAUUAAAUGAUGAUGAUGUUAAAAAGAUUCAUAAUUUAAAACUUGAUGAAUUAUUGGAAUUAUUAAGUAAGGAUGAAAUCUUUAUGAAUUAUUAUCAAACUAAAGAUUUUACUACAUUCCAUGAAGAAGAAAUGAUGAGACUUCUAUAUGGUAAAUCUACCGCAAGUUUGAUUAAGGAUGCUCCUGAUUUCCCUCCUAUUAAAUAUGAUCCAUUCUUAUUUAAAUUAAAGAAUGAUUUCACAACUUUUGAAGAAGAAGUUGAUAGAUAUGUUCAAUUAUCUCGUGCUUACGAAGAACAAGAGAAGGCUGCAAAAGUAAAACCUGUCAAGGCAAUUUCGUAA